GCAUUUUACAGUUUUCAAUUUAAUUUUGAUUUAAUUACACUUUACUAUAUAAACUUGCAAUUUUACUGGCAGUUCAUUUAGUUGACAUGGAUGAUAAAUUACUAGGCAAGUGGUAUGUGGGUGAAUGUCGUGCGCCAGGACUGCCCGGAGCACUGGAGCAGAGCGAGGAGGAGAGCGAGAUAAUUAGCGCCAGCGACGGCACAGAGCUGCCGGAUGAGGAGCAAGAGACUGAGCCAGAUCUGCAGCUGGCCUACGAUGAGCUGGAGUCCAUCAAGCAGCAGCUUAAGCUACUGCGCAGCAAAGUCAUCAGCACACCAGCCGAUCCUUGCGAGCAGGAAGUGCCUUUGCCGCUGGAAAACACCGAUUUUCUCACACCACAGCAACAGAAGCUACUGCAGCUGCGUCGCAGCAACUGCGUGCUGCGCUGCCAGCUGCAAAAGCAGGCGCAGCAUCUCUAUGCCACACGCAAUGAGAUCAAGACGCUGCAGACCAUGCGCUGUCGCCUGCAUGAGCAACUGCAGCAAAUGGCCAAGCAGCUGCAGCAGUUUGACCAAUUCAAGCUCAAGGCUGUGCAUCAGUUUGGGCUCUGCAUCGAGCGCAACGAACAGAUCAAGGCAAGCAAAAUGGACGCCAAGGACUUUAUGGACACCAUGGAGGCAUCGACCAAGCAUAAUGAAGGCAGUACCAACGCCAUUGUUCCGCUGCACUGCCAUGAGAAGCUGCGCUCCACGCUCUUCGUCGAACUCAUCCGCAUGCGCAUCUUUCUUCACACGCUCUUUGCCAAUAUGCUGGACGAUUGGGAGCUCUACAAGCGCCGCAUGAAACUGAGGAGUGCUUUAAAAUGGCGAAUGUUAGUAAGGCGCAUACUUAUGCAUAUAAUGACAGCUGCAGUGGAUGACGCCACAAGAGAUGUGUAUGUUGUGAUGUGUAAAAAGCAAAAGCAAAAGCCAAAACAAACGCAAAAGCAAUAACGACGCUCCCGUCCAGCUGUGUGCGUCUUA